ACGGCGCCAUGUUGCCCGUGUCUUCCGUUCGUGAAAGCUAACGAGAGGGGACGAUCGGCCGAUUAAAAGGUGAUUUCACCGGAAUCUUGAAAAAAAUCCAAACGUUCUGCGAUUUCCCGAAACCGCUGUACCUUUUGCUUGUCAUUUUGAAAAUACGAGACAAUGGCAGAUCCAGCGGUCGAUCAUGCUGACACUCCCGAAGAGGAGUUGGAGGUUGAGUCAAAUUAUAAGCCACCACCUGAGAAGACAAUCGAACAGAUAUUAGAGGCGGACAAGGAAGAUGAGAGUCUGAGAAAGUAUAAAGAAACACUUUUGGGCGAAGCUAAAUCUGGUGGAGUAAUAGUUGAACCCAAUGACCCUAGGAAAGUUAUAGUAAAAAAAUUGGCACUUUGCGUGGUGGAUAGACCCGACAUGGAAUUAGAUUUAACUGGAGAUCUUUCCCAAUUGAAAAAACAAACGUUUAUCAUUAAAGAAGGUGUGAGUUACCGCAUACGAAUUGACUUCAUUGUACAGCGUGAAAUAGUCCAUGGAUUAAAAUACGUGCAAAAAACAUACCGCCUUGGAGUACCUGUGGACAAGAUGACGCAUAUGGUAGGCUCGUACCCACCAAAGACCGAGAUCCAGUCGUAUACGACUCCUUCAGAGGAUGCACCCGCAGGCAUGGUAGCACGUGGUUCGUACACGGUCAGUUCACUCUUUACGGAUGACGACAAACAUGAACACCUCAAGUGGGAGUGGUCGUUUGACAUCAAAAAGGAUUGGAAGGAAUAAAAAUUAAAGAAAAAAAAAAAA